AUGCCAAGAUGGCAUACCCGGCUUCCGUUGGCUUUGCGCACCAUUCGGACCGGUAGUUGGCGCCGAACAUUCGCCUCGGGCUCCCAUUCUCCUCAUCACGAGCAAGUCUCCGUCCGCUGUGGCUCGUCUGGUCACAUCACUGUCGACCUGCACAACCAUCUCUACCACCCCCCUACUGCACCUCUGGUGAUUUAUAUUCCGUCGUUCUCCCGUCCGCCACACCUCUCCCCUCCCCUCCCGGAAUUCAUCAAACGAUAUCCAACGGCGGUCAUCAACUACCGGUGGCCAGAGGACUCCCUCCUUACAGACCCCGUGUCUACAAGCGAAAGCGCCCAGCCAGAGGAUGACAGCAUCAUUCCAAUAAACCCACUCCACUGGCCCACGCCCAUCCAUGACACCCUUUUUGGCUAUUCUUGGAUUACCGAGAACCUGGUUCCUCCAGACCGUCAGCGCCGAGACAUAUAUGUGGUCGGCUCCUAUCUCGGCGCGUCGCUGGCCGCCUCACUGGCCCUCACAGAGUCGCACACGCACGAGCGCGUGGCUGUCCGCGGUGUGGCCUUGUACAAUGGCAUCUACGACUGGACAUCCUUUCUUCCACCGCAGACCAACAACAACCCUCCGCCGGAUGCUCUCGCCGUCAUAAAGUCCCUCCUGGAGCUCCCAGACGACCACCCAGAAGGCUCCGCGAUGCAUUACCUGCGCCAGCUGGUCCCCACGCUCUUCAAGACGCCCUCAAACCUGUUUGAUCCCUUCGCAAGCGCUGUGCUUUUCUUCCGCAGCACGGGCCUGCUGGUCCCAUCGUCGUUUGAGCCGUCCGGAUCCACGAUGCCACCGGAACUUGAGCGCGCCAUCGCCGAGCUGUCACUGGACGAGACCUCCACUCCCGCCCCGGGCAGUCCCGAGGCCGUUAGGCUCGAAGUGGCGUUCAAGGCCCCGAGGAAGGCGUACAUGGCCUUUCCUCCACGCCAGUCGACGCUGCGGAUUCCUGAAGCACUGAUACUGCAUGAGACGGGGUCCGCGCAGCCUGGGCGCGGCAGAGGGAGGAAGCGCAGCCCGCGCAAUGACUUUGCGUCGCAGGCCAAGGAGCUGGCCAGGGUUAUGCGGAGGAGCAUCAGUAUAUACGAGCUGCGAGAGCGGAUGAAAUUAGAUGAUGUAGAUGAAGGCGGUGUCGAGGCGGAGCGGCGGGUGCAACUACGCGAUAUUGGGAAAGAGCAUGUCGCGGAGGAGGCGUUGGGCCCGGUUGUGGAGGAGUGGCUCGAGGAAAAGAUGGAUGCGUGUGACGUACCAGCUUAG